AUGUUGGGGAAAAUCACCAUCGAAGACCAUUUCAACCUCCCAGAGUUCGCCGAAAAGGCCAAAUGGUGGGCAGGUCUCUUCGCUGUAGACGCAGAUAAACACGUCCGAGAAAUCAGUGAUGUGAAAAAUAUACGUCUCGAAUACGCCGACAAACAUGGUGUCGGCUUCCAUAUACUCAGUUAUACUGCACCCGGAAUCCAAGAUAUUGUCGAUCCCGCUGAAGCUCUCCGCGUUGCUGCUCUUACCAAUGAUUACAUCCAUGAGCAGAUUAAGGAUUAUCCGGAUCGUUAUGGAUCUUUUGCCGCAUUACCCAUGCAUGACCCCGCUGUAGCAGCGAAAGAGUUGAGGAGAUGUGUAACCGAGUAUGGUUUCAAAGGAGCGCUGGUCAACGAUAACCAGAUCGCUAGUGAUGGAGAAUCAAUUAUUUUCUAUGAUCAACCGGAAUGGGAUGUUUUCUGGCAAGAGUGUGUGGAUCUGGAUGUUCCCUUUUAUUUGCACCCUAAACAGCCCACGGGAAAGGUGUUUGAUACGUUAUGGGCGGAUCGUAAGUGGUUAAUUGGGCCUCCAUUGAGUUUUGCGAACAAUGUUUCGUUACAUUUGAUGGGGAUGGUAGUCAAUGGGGUCUUUGAUCGAAAUCCUAAGUUGAAGGUCAUCGUUGGACACUUGGGAGAACAUAUUCCUUUUGAUCUGUGGCGUAUAAAUCAUUGGUUUGAGGAUAUCAAGAAACCAUUGGGAAUGCCUAUUAAGAAGAGCAUUUAUGAUUAUUUCCGCGAGAAUAUCUGGAUUACUACCAGUGGACAUUUUUCGACGUCGACACUGAAAUAUUGUAUUGAAGAGUUAGGGUCGGAUCACAUUAUGUUCUCAACAGAUUAUCCAUUUGAGUGUUAUGAGGAUGCGUGCACUUGGUUUGACGGGUUGGACUUGAGUCCGAAGGUUAAGAUGGAUAUUGGAAGGGAUAAUGCCAAAAAUUUGUUCAAACUUGAUGGAUUCAAAGGUCAAAAUGAAGAAAUAAAGAAUUGA